AUACAAAACUGUGACAGUUUAUCUUGGUCCUCCGUGUCGGCGGACACCGCGCGGACACACGGGGCCGCUGAGGGGCCUGUGCUGUCCCGCGGGGCCCGCUGACACACUCGGCAUGUACCUGAAACACCUCACAGCUCUCACCUGGCUUCAGCUUCAACUUCUCCUAAAGUUUGUCAGCGCAGGACUCUGAGCCGUGUGUGUUUGGAGGACGGUCUGAUCCAGUCCAGUCCAGUCCAGUCCAGUUUGAUCCGGUCCAGUCCAGUCCAGUCCAGUCCAGUCCAGUCCAGUCCGGUCUGAUCCAGUCCAGUCAAGUCCAGUCCAGUCUGAUCUGGUCCGGUCAGCCAUGUUGAAGCAGCUCAGGAUUCUGGUCUCUGGCAGGACGUGGUCGUCGUCGCUCCGGCACUGCUCAGGCUUCGUCUCCAGGAUGAGGUUAGUGAACCAGCUGAAGCAGGACGAUGCGGCGUGUGCUGCGGCGCUGCAGACCGGUUCCAUCUUCCUGUUCCACAGACUGAACCCUCUGCUGCAGCGGAUCCCAAACGGAACCUUCAGACCAGCCACGCUGCACAGCACAGAGGUGCAGGCUGUCCUGCAGAGGCUGGGUGCAGAAGGGUCCCUCCUGCAGGACUCGGUUCUGAUUGGCUGCAGUGAGCAGAACCAGGCUCAGUUCUGUCUGGACGUGGGGCAGCUGGACCAGGCCGCAGUAGAGGAAGUGUGUGAUGGGAAAUUCAUUGCCCUGAGGAAAGCUUUCUUUCUUCUGACAGGAGCAGAGGCGCCUCUAGUGGCCAAGGCUCAGGCUCUGCUGCGUUGGCAUCAGACCAACGGGUUUUGCAGUGCGACCGGUCAGCCGACACAACGCAACCAAUCAGGAAGCCAGAGAGUCUGCAGCAGCAGCGGCAUCGUGUACUACCCCACGAUGUCCCCGGUGGUGAUCGUCCUGGUGUCUGAUGGGAAGCGCUGUUUACUGGGCAGACAGUCGUCGUUCCCAAAGGGAAUGUACAGCGCUCUGGCCGGCUUCUGUGACAUGGGGGAGACCCUGGAGGAGGCGCUGUGCAGGGAGGUGGCGGAGGAGGCGGGGCUUCAGGUGCACAGCAUCUCGUACAGCGGCUCUCAGCACUGGCCCUUCCCACACAGCUCCUUCAUGCUGGGCUGCCACGCUGCUGUGAGGCCAGAGCACAGCCAGCUGAGCGUGGAUCACUCGGAGCUGGAGGACGCCCGCUGGUUCAGCCUGCAGGAGGUCAGCGCCGCCCUGAGGCUGCAGGCCCCGCCCCCCCGCGGAGCCCCGCCCCCCCUCUGGCUGCCGCCCAAACACGCCGUGGCCCACCGGCUCAUCAGGGAGUGGGCGGAGCGACAGAGCGACUGAACCCCGACAGGCAGGGGGCGCCGUCCCGUCAGCGCAGCGUCGCAGGUCCAGGCCCACACCUCAGCCAAUCACAGCUGUCCGUUUGAUGACAUCAUCACUGAGCUGGCCAGCUGCUGGAAGCUGACGAGGCAUUUUACAAAAACACAGAGAAAACUACAGGAAUGUCCAGAAAACUGUAAUUAUUAUAAUUAUAAUAAUAAUUAUAUAUAAUAAAAAUAUUAUAUUUCAUAUAUGA